GGAGCCCCUGGGGCCCCUCCAGGCCUCGUGAGGGGUGCUCUGGAGGUUAUCCCUGGGCCUCCCUGGGCGUCCUCGUCGGGCCCAGGCCUUUAAUUAGCAAGCGAGGUACGGAGCAGUCCGUAGCCAUUUUGGCUCAAUCCAUUUCUGCUUUCUGGCUCCCGUGAGCUCGCAGCUAGAACUCUGGAAGCCUGUGUAGUGAAGGAUGGCUCCGUCGGCUCAAGUUGCCACAACAGCCGUGGUCAGCCGUGUCUCCGCCGAGUACCGCGAGCUCGAGAAGUCCGAGCCUCUCCUGCAGGAGAACUCCCAGCGCUGGGUCAUGUUUCCCAUCAGGCACCACGACAUUUGGGAGAUGUAUAAGAAGCACGAGGCAUCCUUCUGGACGGCAGAAGAGAUCGACCUCUCGCAGGACCUCCGGGACUGGGAGACUCUGGCAGACAGCGAGAGGCACUUCAUCAAGCACGUGCUCGCGUUCUUCGCUGCCUCUGACGGGAUCGUGCUGGAGAACUUGGCCGCCCAGUUCACCACAGAGGUCCAGUCACCAGAGGCGCGUGCCUUUUACGGCUUCCAGAUGGCCAUGGAGAACAUCCAUUCCGAAACAUAUUCUCUGCUGAUCGAGCAGUACAUCAGGGAUCCCGCUGAAAAGGAGAUGGUUUUCGAUGCGAUCCAUACAAUGCCAGCGAUCCAGCAGAAGGCAGAGUGGGCAGUGCAGUGGAUGAACCACGAGAACAGUUUCGCCGAGCGGCUCGUUGCUUUUGCGGCUGUGGAGGGUAUACUUUUCAGUGGCUCGUUCUGUGCGAUCUAUUGGUUGAAGAAGCGCGGGCUGAUGCCAGGGCUGACAUUCUCAAACGAGCUGAUCUCACGGGACGAAGGCUUGCACACUGAGUUCGCGUGCCUGCUCUACGGGAAGCUCCAGAACCCUUUGCCAGAGGACGUGAUCCACAACAUCGUCCGCGGCGCUGUGGAGGCCGAGCGUGUCUUCAUCUGUGACGCGCUGUCUUGUGAUCUCAUCGGUAUGAACAACGACCUCAUGACCCGGUACAUCGAGUUUGUCGCGGACCGCUUGCUCACCGCGCUGGGCCAUUCCAAGCUGUUCGGGGCGUCUAAUCCGUUCGACUGGAUGGAACUGAUUUCGCUGCAGUGGAAGACCAACUUCUUCGAAAAGCGCGUCGGCGACUACCAGAAAGCCGGGGUCAUGUCCUCGACGAACGCCUCGAGGGAGGAAGCCAAAGGUUUCUCGCUGGACGUGGACUUCUGAUAGGAGGCGGCGCACUACUACUCACCCACUUGCAUGAAAGAUGUAGUGUAACGGGGGAGAGAAACACGUCGCCCUCGUCCCCAGUAUGUCCAAUGGACAAUUCGUGUGCCGUUGCCUUUCGUAGCGCCUGAGCUCUGCCAAUCCGGUGCUUGGCCGACAGCCCGUGCAGAAGGCCGCGCGUUGCAUGUCGCGUUUUACAUGUGGGAGUCCUCCACCAGUGGGGAUGGGCAUGGGGAGAUGCCGCUCAAGGUGCCACCGCGCGGAGGUAUAAUCGUGGUAAUGAUUAGCAUGAGCCAAGGCCUUGAGCCCAGACUCGCCCUCUCACGCUUGGCUCUUCGCUUAUUUCCAGGCAUUAUCUUGGUUAUGUCCAGGCGCUCUCUGAUCGGUUGGUGCUGCUUCUGGGGAAGGAGCGCGCAAAAAAGAGUUACAGAGCAGCCCUGCCCCG